AUGGCUGUUUUUGGUGAAGGGCUAGUCGCAGCACAGGCUACUUCUGCUUUCGCCGUGGCUCUGUGUGCUGCCGUUGCCGCUGCCGGGCGUGCGGCGGAGGUGUCGGUUUGCCUCUUCCAGGGCCUCACCGCUGCCGAACUGCUUGCUGGCGCUGACAUGCCGGAGCUGCGAGACAUGCGUGGUCGGCGCGGACCUGGGCUGCGGGAGUUACAGACGGACAUUCUGCUACUCGCGGCUGGAAGCUGCGACUUGGGACUGCGGGAUGCCAGCCCGGAGGAAGUCCUCAGCAGCAUGCGCGGGCUCGUCCAUGAAGCAAAGGCUGUGGCCAAGCAGGUGUUUGUCAUGGCACUCCCUGACGUCAACAAGUCGGCGCAGCGAGCGUCCUUCGUUGGAUCGACCUUGGCAGCAAGGCGGUGCGCUACCAACUCCAGUCUCUCCCGCUGGAUUGACGGUGAACUUGACGGUGCAGAGUGGGUGAAUCCAGCGGCCCUGCUGCCAUUUGGACCCAGGUCAGUUGCAGCUGGAUACUGGGAUGGGAGCCUGCUUUCAGAACGAGGUGCGCAGGCUCUUGCUGGUCGAUUGGCCUCAUCUAUCCUUCCCGUUUUGGAGAAUGCAACGGCACAGUCUGAGUCCAAGAUGCUGGAUGGACUCGUGGGUGAGAGUGUCGACGACCAAAGCGAAGGGGCCGCGCAGCUGCCAUCUCUCGAUGCCUUCUUGGAAGCUUUUCGAAUGGAAGACGAGGCUUCUGGCAUUGUUUCGGGCGAAGAUGAGCAGCAGAUGCAUCGUUUCCAAGAAUCAUGGCAGGUGUGA